AUGUCUUGGUUUCAAGAUCUAGCUGGCAAAGCAGAAAACAUACUUACGAAAAUAGAUCAGAAUGCCGCGACUGUACUACAAACCCAACCAGGGUCUGGUGAUGUGGAAGGUGUUCCAUUACUGGAGGUCAGUGUCAUGACAAACGAAGUUGCUUCGCAGCAAGUAUCCAAAACGAGGCUUGUGCCGAAAAGUUCAUUGGUCAACAAAAAGUUGCCCAAAGGAAUGAUACGUUCCGGUUCUAAUGCGUCGUAUGAAAAAAACCAAGAACCAGAAGCUGAAACACAAUCCCUGAAAUCCGAAAAGCAAAACAUUUCCGGAUCCUCGUCCAGGCGUAGUUCGCUGAACUCAAAGAAGGAGGGAACCGUCAUUGAUAUGAGUGAGCUAGUAGCUAAGAAAUUAACCUACACUGAGCGUGAACAGAAUUAUUCGAUCGAAAGGGAGUUAGCUGCGAUCAAAAUUGUUCUCGCGGAAAUUAAGGCCGAACGCGAUGAAUUGAAAAGCGAGCUUGAUACGGCACUAUCUCAACAACUGAUCAAUGGAGAAACAGAAAGCAAACUAUUGGAGCUUGAGGUGCUGUGUCAGAAUUUAACGGAAGAGAAAAACAUUUUAGCUGGCAAGCUGCUCAGCAUUGAGGAAGCAAACGGUAAAUACGUCAAAUCCAUUUCCGAGCUUGAAUCAACGAUUGCGAAACACAUACAGUGCGAGCAGGAACUAAAUGGGAAGUUAGAGACGGCGAAACUGGAAACAGAGAAUGCUAUGGCCGAAUUGCAACAAUAUCGUAUUCGUGCCCAUGCAACGUUACAAUUGAAAGAGAAAACUAUUGAACAGUUAAAGGAACAAAUGCAUAGUGGAAGCGCUGAUGGUAGUAUCAGCACAAACGAUGUAAAAUUUAGUAACGCGGAACAGAUAUUUCAGAUUGAACUGGAGCAAACAAGGCAAGAGAAAGCAAACCUUUUGGAGGAACUAAACAAUCUUAACGAACGCAUGAAGCAACGUGAAGCACAGUGGAUGAGCAAUGAAGAAAAGUUACGGGCAACUGUACAAGGAUUAGAACAGAAUGUUCAGCGGUUUCAGCAACAAGUUUCAUUCGAGACGGAUAAAUUUAAAUUGCUAGAGGAUGAUUUCGCAACAAAGCAGAAAGAACUAGUAUCCGCCAGGGAAGAGCUAAUAAAGCAACGGACAAGCUUCACAUUACGGUUACAUGAAAGGGAAUCGGAGAACAACAAGCUUCGGAAGAAAAUACACACUCGACCAGUUAGUCCACUAAAUGAUCACGAAGAUCGACUAGCUUCACUGACACAAUCAUUAGUUCAAAAGCAAACAGCAUUAGAGACGGUUACGGCUGAAAGGAAUGCUCUUCGUAUACAACUGGAAAAAUUGGAAAACCAGUACCGAAGCACUGCAUCUCAAGUGAGGCAACAGCGUGCGGUUUAUUUAAACAGUAAUGUGACUGAUGAUGCCAAAUCACAGGUUCCAAACUUCAUGUUAGAAACACCUUUUGAUAAUAACGUGGCGCGAAGGAUGAAGCGGGCAUAUUCCUCGCUCGAUUCCAUUGGCAUACGGUUGGGUGUGUUUCUGCGCCGUUACCCAUUGAUUCGUAUACUUGUGAUAGUCUACGUCGCUGUUCUGCAUUUGUGGGUCAUGUUCGUGCUUUUGUCCUCUACGCCUACGUAG